CGCGACGCCAACUCAACAUCCCAUCGAGUCGUUCCAAUUUUAGUUUUUUGUUUGCUGAUGACUGCGUAGACUAGAGACAGAAUAAUGAGUUCAGCAGACACAAAUACAGCCAACUGGCAAGCCGACGAUCGUGGCGAUAUGGAAAAGGUUUUAGCCAUGUUAGUGCUAGGACUUGGAAGCCUCCUAUCCGGCAUGCUGCCAGCCAUAAUAUCAGAACGUAAUCGUCAGCGAUUUCCAUUGACUACCUCGUUGCUGCUGUGCUUCGGUGCAGGUAUUUUGCUGGCUACAGCGCUGGUGCAUAUUUUGCCAGAGGUACGUGAGCAAAUGAACUCGAAAUUCGCAGAAGUUGCGAUGUGUGGUGGCUUCUUCAUCAUUUAUUUCAUAGACGAGUUCAUACACUACUUCUUUGGCGAGGCCAUUCAGCAUACGCAUGCAGUGACUCCAGCAGCGAGCGCGCCAAGCUCCAACAAUGCCUAUGGCGCAACUAAUGAACGAUCGCCAUUAAUAGGCAGCGAUACUACUCAUCAUCAUCGACAUGGUGAAAACGGUCAUGAUCAUAAUAAUCACGGUCAUAUGUACAAUCCCGUUCCCGGAUGUGAUGAUGUCAGCGUUGAGGAUGCAAAUGCGCGUAUUUGUCAUACCAGCCACACAGAGCCAUGUGCUCAAUCCAUGACCGGGACAUUAGGACUCUUUGUGGCGCUCUCUUUGCACUCGGCCAUCGAGGGAUUGGCUAUUGGUGUGCAAAACUCGGCCACCAAGGUGCUCUUUCUGCUGGGCGCCGUUGCGUGUCACAAAUUCGUAAUGGGCUUCUGCCUGGGUCUGGAAUUUCGCUCAAAUCCACGCGCAAGCUUUCGCUCGCAAUUCAUUGGCAUCUUGGUGUUUGCUUUGGGUGCCGUGUGCGGCAUCGGUCUGGGUAUGCUUAUCGUUGACAUACCCUCCAGCUGGUCGAAAACCGCAUUGCCCAUCAUACAAGCAUUGGCUGGCGGCACUCUCUUUUAUGUGACCGUGUGUGAGGUGAUUCCGCGUGAGAAGGCAAGAUGGCAUACGAACUCGAUUCGUCGCUGGGCGGGAUUUGCGCAAUUCACUACAGUUGUUGCUGGCUUUGCGACAAUGUGCAUAAUUAAUUAUUAUCUCGCUGACGACUGAGAAUCUCAUUGGGCACUGGCCCGUUUUUUUUUUAUCUUGUAUUUGUAUCAGAAAUUUGUAUUGCAAAAUGCUU